GUAGUGAAAGGCUCUAAAACAAGUGAAGGCACCAGGUUUGCUUUGCUGACAUUUGGCUAUCAUGCAAAGCUUGAAUUCAGCUUUGGUGAAUUUUCAACAAGGGCUGAGCUUUUAGCAAGACUUGAUACGUUAAAAGAAACGAUCGUUGAGAAACCAGAGAGAUGUAAAACCUACACCUGGGAAGCUUUGGAGAUGGUUCGUAACACCUCAUCGCUACUCGGCACUGAACCUAGAUUUGAUGAGAAGACUAGACACGAACGAGGAAGGGUUUUGAUUCUGAUGACAGAUGGUGUCCCUUUCAGUGAUGAA